AUGACCAAGUCUGGCUCGAUCCACCGGGUGCCCUCGGCCGGUGCUGUCGAGAACGGCUACCCGAAGGGCCAUCUCGGCCACCUCACCGAAUCCGAGACGCAGGCCCUCGUAGACUUCAAGGUCCUCCUCGAGAAGAAGGGCCUGUACAAGCCCGGCCCGCCGCCGUCCCACGACGAUCCCACAUUGCUCCGAUACCUCCGCGCGCGCAAAUGGGUCGUGCAAGAUUCCUACGGUCAAGAUGCCUACGGCCAGUUCAGCGAGACGGAGAAGUUCCGCGACGCCAACCAGAUCACGCUCCUCUACGACUCGAUCGACGUCGACUCGUACGAAACAUCAAAGAAGCUGUAUCCGCGAUUCACGGGCCGGCGGGACAAGAGGGGAAUACCCAUAUACGUAUACCAGAUCCGCCAUCUCGACUCUAAGGCCGUCGCCGCGUACGAGAAGGAGACCAAGACCACAUACAGCAAGGCCAAGACGGACGGCAAGACGCCCGCGAAGCUGCUGCGCCUGUUCGCGCUGUACGAGGACCUGACGCGGUUCGUCCAGCCGCUCGCCACCGAAUGCACCGACCGCGAGUACCCCGAGACCCCGAUCACUCUUAGUACGAACAUCGUGGACAUCUCGGGCGUGACGCUGAAGAUGUUUUGGAAUUUGAAGGCGCACAUGCAGGCCGCUAGUCAGCUGGCGACGUCUCACUACCCCGAGACGCUCGAUCGCAUCUUCAUCAUCGGCGCGCCCAUGUUCUUCUCGACGGUCUGGGGCUGGAUCAAGCGGUGGUUCGACCCCGUGACCGUGUCCAAGAUCUUCAUACUCACCGAGCAGGACGUCGUGCCCGUGCUGACGUCCUUCAUCGACAAGAAGGACAUCCCCAAGGCCUACGGCGGCGACCUGGACUGGGACUUCUUCGACGACCCGGCCUGGGACGACGAGAUCCGGCGGCUGUGCUCGUGGGAGGACGGCCACACCACGUUCCCCGGGGGCCCCAUGUAUUGGAAGACCAUCGACGAUGGGACGAGGAUGGAAUGCCUGGCGGUUGGUACCAAAGAUGGCGCCGACAGGAUGGAGCGUGUUUGCACCAUCCCGAAGGCCUUCCCGCCAAAGUCUGGCGCCGCGUCGGCGACGACGACAACAACAACAACAGCACCAGAACCAGCAGCCUCUGAGACGCCAAUGGCGAGCGGUGAUGCCUCGACGAUAGAGGCUGCCGCACCGGAGCCUCCUACCUCAGCCGUGGCGGAUUUGAAAUUGGCCUAA